UUAGAAUUUGAUUUUUAAAAUCGUCAAACUUUAAUAAAGUAAAACAUUUCACCGGGAUAUAUGCCGUCGCGGCACCACGUGACUUCCUUUCCGGUCUAACCUGACAACAUGGACGCCAGCCGCGUGCAGCCGAUCAAGCUCGCCAGAGUCACCAAGGUGCUCGGAAGAACCGGUUCCCAGGGACAAUGUACACAGGUCCGUGUUGAGUUCAUGGACGACAGCAACCGCUCCAUCAUCAGGAACGUGAAGGGCCCAGUCAGGGAGGGAGAUGUGCUGACACUUCUGGAGUCUGAAAGAGAAGCCAGGAGGCUGCGAUAGUUGCCCACUGAAGAUGUGAGGUUCCAAUCCAGCGCAGUGAAGUCGAGGACGCCAAAAGCUUUGCUUGCAAUGGCCGACAUCUCACUCGUUCAGAUUGUUUUGAAAUAAAUUUGGUUAUUGAGAUGAAA